GCAGAUCAGAGAAUCUGACUGGAAGUCGCAGGAGUAACUUCUGGCGCUUUUUCGCCCUUGGAAGCUGCAGUUCAGCAGGUGGCCGGCUGUGACUCUCUCUUCCUCGCAGGAGAAGAGACCCCGACACGGGGUGGCCGCUAUCUAAAUGCACGAACUCAGCGGCAGGAGCAAUAAAUGGAAAAUCAACCAGCAAAAUAGAAUCGCUUCUUAAAGCAAAGAAACGUAAGGCUGGUUGAAAGCCAGCGUCGAAGCCGGUCAAAGACAGAACGGCAACAGUGCCAAGUUUGCAUCAAAUCGGUAAAAGCUGGUGAGGAGGGGAAGGAAGACCCCAGGUGUCCGGCCUCAAGGAAGACAUGGGGUGUGCCGUAUCGGGCCCAGACGUCAACCCGGAUUCCGCCCUCUCUGAGGAGAAGAGGAGCCCCUCUGUGGAAGGCGCGCUGGAUUUGAAAACAGACCCCGAGUGCAAGGGCGACGAGGAGCCGAAGGAACCGUUCCUGCUUUCAGAAGUUCAGAAGGAGCUGAUCCGGGCCUCCUGGGUGAUCCUGCACAAAGACAUCGCCCGCGUGGGAGUGAUUGUUUUUAUCAGACUCUUCGAGACGCACCCGGAAUGCAAGGACGCCUUCUUCCUCUUCCGUGAUAUCGACGACUUCCAGCAACUGAAGAUGAGCAAAGAGUUGCAGGCUCACGGCCUCAGGGUGAUGUCCUUCAUCGAGAAGAGCGUGGGGCGGCUGGACCAGACGGACAAACUGGAGCAUCUGGCCUUUGAGCUGGGGAGGAGCCACUGCCGGUACCAAGCGCCCCCCAAGUACUAUGAGUACAUCGGGGUGCAGUUCAUCCAAGCUGUCCGGCCCAUUCUGAAAGAGGAUUGGACCCCGGAGGUUGAGGAAGCCUGGGAGAAUCUCUUCCAAUAUCUGGCAGCCACGAUGAGAAGGGGGUUUUACACCGAAGAAAAGGUAAAGGCCGGCCAGUCUCUUCUCUCCAGGAACGCCAGGGUCGAAUCCACCCCAGACAGGAUCUAG